AUGAGUAGCGAUUUAAAAAUAAAAUUCAACGAUAUGUCCUGUAAAUAUGUGAAUUUUGUUAAAAUUAAAAAUAAAUGGAGUAAUAUUGACAAUUAUUGGAGAUGUUGUGACAAUGUGUGUAUAAAUACAUUCGAACCUAUUGGUAAAUGUCUUAAUGGAAAUGGAUAUGUAAAUUUAAUUAGUGAUGAAAAUAUUAAAUAUAUUUAUUACAAGGGUGGUUUACAUAGACGUAAUGAAAGCGGUUCUGUUACUGCAGAAAACUCAUUUAAAAAACUUCAAAAUUGUUCUAAUUAUUUAUAUUAUUUUGAAGUUAAAAGUAAAUUUGAAGGAAUGUCAAAUAAAGAUGAGAAAUCUAUUUGUAUUGGUCUUAGAAAUAGUAUUUCAGAUAAAAGCAUUUACUAUUUUGCCAUGCCUGCUAAAAUUUCUAACGAAAAUUAUGAAAAAUUUAAACUUCCAGCACUUUCUUGGAAUAAUAAUGAUAUUUUUGGUUGUGGAUUAGUUUAUCCUCCAAAUAAUAAACUAAAUGAAGAAUUUCCUUAUGUUUUCUUUACUCAAAAUGGAAAACAAAUUGGUAAGGGUAUAUUAUUAAAGGACAAUUUCGCCUCAUAUAAACCAUUUGUUGAACUGAUAUGUUGUUCUAUUGAAGCAAAUUUUGGAAGCGAUUUGGAGUUAAAACCGUUUAAAUAUGACAUCUCGAAACAUUUAAUUCUCAAAGAAUUUUAUUGA